AUGCUGGUAAAGCUAUGGAUCAAGUUAGGGACUAUAUUAGACUCAGAUUUUUUUGAUGGUGGCAGUCGCACUUCCGGGAGUGCUCAGGCUCCCGGGGUCCAGCUGGAUGUUGCUACCACAAGAGCUAGGAGGGAGAUUGGGUCCAGAGUUAGGGAUGUUGUUCUUGCGUUAGGUCACAAUGUUACUCUUACAACUAAUACCUACGAGGGUGCUUUGGAGGCUACAGUUACAUAUCAGGCAUCAAAUACGGGUGAGAUUGCUAUUUUGCGACGGACAGAGAGUGUUGGGCUGCGUCUGUCGUCUAGGGAUCAUAAAAGGAUGAAAUUACAAAGUGUCGAUACUGGCAAAAUUACUGUCCGCGCCUAGGUAUUGGAGGUCAUCCCAUUCACGAGUGACAGGGAGAGAAUGGGAAUUGUUGUCCGAUUUAUGGCUGGUGAAACAAGAAACGGGCCAGAUUUUCAUGGUGGCUGUAUGGAGGAGGAAAUAUCUAACUCUGGGGAUAUUGGGUUUUAUCAGGAGGGGGUGGGUACCGUCAUGACUUCGAUUGUGCAGGUUAACGACUAA